AUGGGCGGUUUCGUGAAACGAAAAUCACAGGCUCUUGGCUCUCAGAUUUCACGGAAAACCAAAACGGCGCGUUUAAGCGCUUCUCCGCCGACCAUAGAAUCACUCCCAAACGAUUUAUUGAUCGAAGUUCUGGCAAAAGUUGCAGCUUCUUCAUUCACCGACUUAGUCCAAGCCAAACUAGCCACUAAAAAAUUUCUCGAAGCAUCAAACCACAACUACAUAUUCCAGCACGCAUCUCUUGAAAACUUCCAGAAACUUCUAUGGAACAACAGCAAAGAAUUUUGGUCCUUCAUGGAAAAAUGCAACAACAACGGAAACCCAGAGACUUUAUAUCGAAAGGGAAUGCUGGAAUUCUUCACUCAUUGUAGAGAAGCUUCUGGAAUGACAUAUUUAAAGCUUUCUGCCCAAAAAGGCUACCCGGAUGCUUGUUACGUAUACGGCAUCAUUUUGUACACAACGAGUAUGGAGGAUGAGGGAGUGAAGUUCUUGAAGAUUUGUGAGGCAAAAUUAGGGUUUAAAUUGGUUGAAUGUCGUCGGAGAGUUAAGGAAUUUGUUCGUUAUCUUUGGGUUAAGAACAAGAUUUCUGUGCCGAAAAAGGAUUCCAGUGAUCGAAGGGGCUGUGAGAGUGUGAUUAAGAAUUGUUGUAAGAAGAACGUGAGAAGAAUUGGAUGGGAUUGGAACGAUGAGGAUGAUUAUUAUGGAGAACACACGUGCGAAGCGUGUAAAUGGAAUGGGGAAGUUUUGAGAUUUUGUAAUAUGCUUAGAACCGGGAGUUAUGAUAUUAUGGUAGGGCACUUGUAA